AUAAUAAUAAUAAUAAUAAUAAUAAUAAUAAUAAUAAUAAUAAUAUCUCGCCUUCGGUUUAAUCGUUUAUUUAAUCGGCUGCCGUAAACGAUCGAGAUAAUUGAAAAGCCUUUCGAAUUGACUUUCGAUCGAUAAGGGUUGUGACAGAUGGAAAUAAAGAAUAAUACAGUGAGAGAGAAAAAGACAGAAAGAAAGGGAAAGAGAGAGAGGGAAAGAGAUAGCGUGCAUCGUUUUGAUUAAUACGCGAAUCAAAAGAGUGCUAAAACGAGAGAGAGAGAGAGAGAGAGAGAGAGAGAGAGAAAAAGAAAGUGAAAAAUAGAGACAGAGAAGAAGAAGAAGAAGAAGAGGAGGAAGAAGAAGAGGAAGAAGAAGAAGAGGAAGAAGAGGAAGAAAAUAAUGCACGACGAAGAACAGAGGAAAGUCAUGAUCGAUAAGGACGCGUGAACGAUCGAUGAGCAACGCAACAGGUUUCGCGAAUCUUCUCCCACCCCUCUUCUACUACUCGUCUUCGUAUUCGUCUUCGUCUUCGUGUCUUCGUGUCUUCGUCGUCGGUUAUCUUCGCCUAACCACGUGAUCACGGGGUAGAGACUUCGGACAACGAAAGGAAGGAAGGAAGGAAGAUACGUCGGAGAACUUCGUAUCGGAUCGGAUCAAAUCGGAUCGGAUUGGGUCGGAACGGAUGGGUCCGGAUCUUCUGACGAUGUUUCAACAAGAAAGAGAAGACCGAUGCGGAAGCGGUGUUGUGCUUGAUCGAAACAGAGGUGCUUCGUGAAAGAUAAAGAGAAAGAGAGAGGGAGAGAGGGAGGGAGAUAGAGAUAGAGAGAAAGAGAAAAGAAAAGAACACAUUAAAAAAGAGCGAGAGAGAUAAGACAUAGAGAGGAGGAAAGAGGGGAAAAACAAGUACGACAGGAUGUUGCAGAGUUGCAACGGGAGCACGUCGCGACGUGCCAGACGAGUCCUCGUAUUCGUUUUCGCUUGGAGUCUCCUCAUGAUAGCGGCUGUGCAAUUUCGUCAUGCCGAAAACAGUGCACUUCGUAACGGUCGUAGUAAUACCGAGGAGAAUAAUGCAGUUAGUGACGUAGUCAUCGAGGAUAAUUAUCUUCGUCGGGAGGCCGGCAUCGUGAGAACGGGAACCGAUGAUAAAAUAUCAGAUGGUUCGUCGAGUCUCGGUCUAUCUCGUUAUCUUUUGCAAAGAUCGAAAGAUCCCGAGACUGGUUUUGGGAAUAUAAUUGGUGGUGGAUCAAUUCUUCCAACGACUACGAUUGUAGGUAAUAAAAAUAUUAAUGAAAAUUCAGUAACGAGAAAUCCUUUGGAUUUAGAACCAUUGUUGGAUAAAAGACCAGCGAAGACCGAGGAGGAAUUGAUCGAAGAAAUUGAAGAAAGGUUACCUAGCCUUCCUCUCGCUUAUUGGAGCAAAAAUAACAGGUUGAACGGUCAACAAAACAAAAUAUCAAAGAAGGGUAACGAGAGCUGUUCUAAUUUCAAGUUUCCCUCGAUCUAUGAUCUAGAAUUUAAUAACGUUUACUGGCAAACGUUGAGGACAAGCAACGGUACUUUCCAGUUCUUCGGUGCGUUUUAUGAUAAACGUAAGCUUUCGAGGAUCGGUCCUGCUAUAAGGAUCGUUGGAAUGAUCGAUAGGAUCGAACCUAAGGUUAAAACUUAUUGUCAGAUGUGGUAUGACGGUGAUAAAAGUCCAAUUGUAGUCGAAUAUCUCGAAUACAAAUAUAUUUGGUAUUCGAAAUGGGGCAAUUACAAACAGGGAAUAUAUCAGCCAUAUGUUAUAGCUUGUAAAGUGCCGCAAUCGCAUUGGUCGAAGGGACCACCAGCGUCCGUUUCUAUGGUCGAAAAACCAUGCGAUACACCGACUAACAAUCUCCGUAUUAUUUAUAAUAAACCAAAACGUAAAAAGGAUUUUGCCGUUUGCGUUAAGGGUCUUGAUUUUCUUCACGAAGAUCUUUCCGUAAGAUUGGUCGAAUGGAUUGAACUGAUAACCCUUCUUGGGGCCGACAAAAUAUUUUUUUAUGAACUUCAAGUACAUCCAAACAUAACUAAAGUUUUGAAUUAUUAUCAAAGACUCGGUAAGGUUCAUGUGACGCCUUUGACAUUACCCGGUGGACAGCCUAAUGUUCCAUCCUUUCAACAUAUGUAUCUAACGAAAAAAACUAAUCACAAGAGGCAAAACGAAUUGAUACCAUACAAUGAUUGUCUAUACAAACAUAUGUACGAAUACGAAUACAUAGCACUGUUAGAUGUUGAUGAAGUGAUCAUGCCCGUGAAGGACGCUACCUGGCAGGACCUUAUGAAGAGGGUAUUACCUAAGGCCUUUAAAAUACGAAACGAGACACGCGCCUCUUACAACGUGAGAAACGUUUACUUCCUCGACGACCUGCUGCAGCCCCAUGGCCAUUUCAAGGACAUACCCAGGUACAUGCAUAUGCUGCAGCACGUAUACCGUUCGAAGAACUUCACUAAACCAAACCAGUACAUCAAGUGCUUCCAUAAUCCUGAACGGGUCGUCACUUUGCACAAUCACUUCCCUUUGGCUUGCCUUGGGGCCGGAUGUACGAGUUAUCCGAUCGAGACAGAAGAUGCUCAGCUACAGCAUUAUCGUGCUGAUUGUGUGAAGUCUUUAAAAAAGACUUGCGUUGAAUAUCGCGAGAACAGCAUCUUAGAUACGACGAUUUGGCGAUACAAGGAUCAGCUUGUGGAACGAGUUACCAGAACACUUCAAAUUCUUGGCUUUUUCGGUCCAAGCUAGCGUCACGUUUUAGUUUCGCUAAGAACUCUGAUAGAGUUUUACAUUAAUUCUUUUUUUUUCUUCUUUUUUUUCUUUUUAUUCCCCCAACCUUCUUCUCUUUGACGUGUUCGUUACUUUAAAGAGAUCGGCGCAAAUCUCAACGAUCGUCCUUUUAUAUAGGAUUAAAAAUAUCGUAGAGUCAAUUAAGGUCAUUUUAAAAACGUUAAAUCGAAAUCGUUUGCGAAAUGAAUUUAAACGCCUGAUCCUUAAGUCACGGAUCGAUGAAAUUUUAGUUAUCGAUUUCUUGAUAGAAAUAUUAUAUCGAGAAUUUAUUAUUACAAUAGCCUACCAUGUAACAUUGUCAAUUUACAAUUUUUAUUUUAUACGUAGACGUAUGUAUAUGUAGCUCGCAAAUUUAAAUCGAUCAAAGGUAUACAUAUACAUAUAUAUAUAUAUAUAUAUAUAUAUAUAUAUAUAUAUAUGCAUCAUUAUAUUAGCUUCAUAAGAUUUGUAUUCUCAAUGCGUUCGUCGAACCUUUUUCACGUUUUGGUAGUCUAAUGAAGCAACAUCCUGCUUUAUUCCUUCAAAAAUAUUUUUUUAUUUAUCUAACUUCCUAUGUGACAACGAUUUAAUUACAGUAUAUUCUUUAUCCCUUUAUCUAUUUCUUUCACGUCGCUAUGUCUAGUUUUCCUUCAUGGUGAACCUCGAUCGCUUUCUUUAUAUAGGAUAAAAUAAGAUUGACUAUACCAUUAUAUUCCGUACUAAACGAAACGCUAAUUCUUUAUUUAUGCGUUUCAUACGUGCUUGAAUACAAGUUAAGAGAAAGCGAUUCAUGUAUACACCAUGAACCGAUAAUUAAUGUAAACAAUAUUAGAUUAGAAAGCCCAUUUAUAGAUAUAAAUAGUCUCAUAUCUAA